GUUGAAAUUUGGAGUUGUAUGAAUUCAUCUUUGCCAGGUGUAUUUAAGAAGUCUGAUGGCUGGGUUGGCUUAGGCUGCUGUGAGCUGGCGAUUGCCUUGGAGUGUCGACAGGCAUGCAAGCAGGCAUCUUCAAAGAGUGAUAUCUCCAAAGUUUGCAGAAAAGAGUAUGAGAAUGCUCUUUUCAGUUGCAUUAGCAGAAAUGAAAUGGGUUCGGUAUGCUGCAGUUACGCAGGUCAUCACACAAAUUGCCGUGAAUACUGUCAAGCCAUUUUCCGAACAGAUUCUUCUCCUGGUCCGUCUCAGAUCAAAGCAGUGGAAAAUUAUUGUGCCUCUAUUAGUCCACAAUUAAUACAUUGUGUGAACAAUUAUACCCAAUCCUAUCCAAUGAGGAACCCAACAGAUAGUUUGUAUUGCUGUGACAGAGCUGAAGACCAUGCAUGCCAAAAUGCCUGCAAGAGAAUUCUGAUGUCUAAGAAAACAGAAAUGGAGAUUGUUGAUGGUCUCAUCGAGGGUUGUAAGACUCAACCCUUGCCUCAGGAUCCUCUUUGGCAGUGCUUUCUUGAAAGCUCACAGUCUGUCCACCCUGGAGUCACCGUGCACCCUCCUCCCUCUACUGGCCUUGAUGGUGCUAAAUUGCAUUGUUGUUCUAAAGCAAACACUUCAACAUGUAGGGAACUGUGCACCAAACUUUACAGCAUGAGCUGGGGCAAUACACAGAGCUGGCAAGAGUUCGACCGCUCUUGCGAGUAUAACCCAGCGGAGGUGCCCAUGUUGGCCUGUCUAGCAGAUGUCCGGGAGCCUUGCCAGUUGGGCUGUAGAAAUCUUACUUACUGUACUAAUUUUAAUAACAGACCAACAGAACUUUUCAGGAGUUGUAAUGCUCAGUCAGAUCAAGGAGCCGUGAAUGACAUGAAGCUGUGGGAGAAAGGAAGUAUAAAGAUGCCAUUUAUCAACAUCCCUGUUCUUGAUAUUAAGAAGUGCCAGCCGGAGAUGUGGAAAGCAAUAGCUUGCUCACUGCAGAUUAAGCCCUGUCACAGUAAAUCUCGGGGAAGCAUUAUCUGCAAGUCAGAUUGUGUGGAGAUUCUUGAAAAAUGUGGAGACCAAAACAAAUUUCCCGAAGACCACACAGCUGAAAGUAUUUGUGAGCUUCUGUCACCUGCAGAUGACCUAGAGAAUUGUAUACCCUUAGAUACAUACCUCAGGCCCAGUACUUUAGGUAACAUUGUGGAAGAAGUGACUCAUCCCUGUAACCCAAACCCUUGUCCAGCCCAUGAGCUCUGUGAAGUGAACCGGAAAGGGUGUCCAUCUGGAGAGCCCUGCCUUCCAUACUCCUGCGUUCAAGGUUGCAAAUUGGGAGAAGCUUCUGAUUUCAUUGUCCGUCAAGGUACACUAAUCCAAGUGCCAUCAUCUGCAGGAGAAGUUGGUUGUUAUAAAAUCUGCUUAUGUGGGCAAAGUGGACUCCUAGAAAACUGUAUGGAAAUGCAUUGUAUAGACCUCCAAAAGUCUUGUAUUGUUGGAGGAAAAAGAAAAAGUCUGCCUUGUAACUGCGCAGACGAGUUUGUCCCUGUGUGUGCACAGAAUGGACGCACUUACCCCAGUGUCUGCAUAGCUCGCUGUGUGGGUCUCCAGGACCGUCAGUUCGAGUUUGGGUCGUGCAUUUCAAAGGAUCCUUGUAACCCUAACCCCUGCCAAAAAAAUCAGAGAUGUGUACCCAAACCCCAAGUCUGCCUGACGACUUUUGAUAAAUUUGGUUGUAGCCAGUAUGAGUGCGUGCCAAGACAGCUCUCCUGUGACCAGGGCCGAGAUCCUGUUUGUGACACAGACCACAUGGAACACAACAAUCUCUGCACUUUAUACCAGAGAGGAAAACGCCUCUCUUACAGAGGCCCAUGCCAGCCUUUCUGCACAGCCACAGAGCCCGUCUGUGGGCACAACGGCGAGACCUACAGGAGUGUGUGUGCUGCCUACUCGGACCGCGUGGCCGUUGACUACUACGGGCCGUGCCAGGCUAUAGGGGUCCUCUCGGAAUACAGCGCUGUGGCCGAGUGUGCUGCUGUGAAGUGCCCUUCGCUCUUGGCCUCUGGGUGCAAGCCCAUCAUCCCACCCGGUGCUUGCUGUCCAUUAUGUGCUGGGAUGCUAAGAGUUUUAUUUGACAGAGAAAAACUGGACACUAUUGCUAAGGUAACAAACAGAAAGCCAAUAACAGUUCUGGAGAUACUUGAGAAAAUCCGCAUGCACGUGUCUGUCCCGCAGUGUGAUGUGUUUGGAUACUUCAGCAUUGAGUCUGAAAUUGUGGUCCUCGUCAUUCCUGUCGAUCGUUACCCGAAAGCUCUGCAGAUUGAGGCCUGCAAUAAGGAAGCAGAGAAGAUUGAAUCCCUUAUCAACUCAGACAGCCCCACCCUGGCGUCCCACGUCCCUCUCUCUGCCCUCAUCAUUUCCCAAGUGCAGGUCUCCAGCAGCCUGCCGUCCACGGGCACUGGGCUCGGCCCUCCCCGCUGCCCCCUGCUCCUCCUCCCGCUCCUCAGCCUGGGCCUCACCUCGAGCUUGCUCUGGAUGUAGCCCUGAUGCCCGCACAGGGUGCAAAGUAUUCCUCAACCUAAGUGUUCUGCCUUGUGAGCGGCAUUCGGGACUGCUAGUCGGUAGUCGGAUCGUGGCCGAGCAAAAGCACAUGUCACCUCUUCUCACCACACAGUAUUUUUUUACAUUGCCAGUAUUGGUAGUAAGGUUUUUGUCUAAUUUUUACAAAUGUCAGUGUUCUCUCAAGUGCUAAGGAAAGAGGGUGCCUUUCUAGUGAUCACUGCCUCAUGAUUUACAUUUUGCCCAGUGGAUAGGUCCCCCACUCUAAAACAAAUUUAAUAUCACUAAUAAAUGAUCACUGUUCAGAAAGAGAGCUCACUCUGCUGUUGGGUUCAUAUCACAGAAACUUAAUUUCAGAGUUCCUUAAGUAUUAAGUUUGUCCUUAUGUUUAUUUUUGUACACAGAUACCUUCGUCUCUAGAGGCAGGGGUCUGGUGGACAGCCACUGCUAUUAGAUAGCAUGAAGUAAAAAUGAAGCUUCCUUGAAAUUACUAUGUAAAUCAUCAGGCAGAGUUAAGUUAAUUUACAGAAAUUUAGUUCAGGACCCCAUCUACUGAGUUAAGCAAGAGGAAGCUGACACUCGUACGAUACGCUGUGAGUGGCAGUCUCAGCAGUCACUGGUUCGUGCCUGUGUUUCUGUAAAAGGGAAAGGUGACAUUGCAUCAAAGCAUUUCGCAUCAUGCGAUUUUAUAUUAAACCAGAUCUAUAUUCUUUGGGAUUCAUGGAGGUAAAUUUAGAGUUUUUAAACAUCAAUCUUUAAACCAAUUGCUGCUACUUUAUAUAAUUGCCAAAAAGUUAAAUAAUUAGUAGGUCAUGAAAAUAAUACAUGACUUUUCUAUUUUAUUAUGAAGAAGGUGAAUAGCCAUAUCUGUAAAAUGACAAUCAUGUGUUCACCCAGUACUUUUCGUUCACGAAGACACAUUUGCUUUUUGUGUGUGCACAGUGUAGAUAAAUGUUCUGUCUUUCUAUUUUGAUAUAGAAGUAUAAAGAAUUGCAGUUUAUAUAUUUAAAAAUAUAAAGCUGAGUAUUAAAACGUUUGCAUGUUGUCUAAGAAAUUGGAUACUUUGAAUGUGUUUCACAGUUUAAAAUAAGCUAUUCAGUGUAAUACUUCUUGUUUGUAUGCACCUAAACUUAGUUUUUACAUGAAGUACUUUUUCAGUAUGAUAUGUACUCUCUGAAAUAUGUAGGGAUAUGCUUUUAUACCAAAAUGUUUUGAAAUGUGGGCACUUAAAGCUUUCAGAGUAUUUCGGCAUUUCUGAUGUCUGUUGCAAUGACUUAUUUCUGUAUAAAUGUCUUCAAUGCAAUAUACUAGAAAGCUUUCCUAUUUUAAUAGAAAUAUUUGUAUGUGAUCAGGUGUAUUUCCAAGCACUGUGAACAUUUAAAAUGAAACAGUGAGUCACCCGUGGUUUGA